GCUCGGCACAUUCUUGUCGUCGGUCAAAGUUUAACUUGUAUUCUUCCUCGAUAUCUCUAAACUGAACAUCAAACGGGAGAAAUUUUAGCAGAAAAUCAUCUGGUUCACCAGACUCUCAAAUAUAAUCAAGACACUUGUUGCGACAUAUAACUCCAGACUGCGAUUCAAUAACUCACAAUGGCUCGAUUCACUGCAUUCGGUCCGGACACGAGCGACGAGGACGAUUUAUACGACCCUCCCAAGCGGGCGCCACCACGCACUCUAAAACAAAACAACUUGCAUCCCUCAACCGCUGAUGACGACGGAGAUUACGAGGACGACGAUUCUGAGGAAGAUGGACCAUCAACCGCUGGACCGUCCGAAAUGGAUGAAGAUGACCUCCACGACAGUCCUCCCAGGACUAGGCGCCGUCAGGACCCGAAUGCGUUGGUGGAAGGGGAAGAUGGCCAAUACUACCAUGCACAUGAGAUUGAGAAGGUGCGAAUUGCUAAUGGAGACGGGAUGAGAGGCGCUGGCCAGGGAGACAAGACUACGCAACCUAUACCGUGGCCUCAGCAAUUAGGUCUCGCCCCUCAGACGGUGCACGUCAAGCAAACCUCCUUGUUUCGGGCACCAGAGGAAGAGAGGGCUAUGAAGGCACAACAGUCAACAAGAGCGAAGGCGGGACAGCCACAUAUCACAUGGGAGAACGGUCUCCAUCGAAAACAUAGCAGAGAGUCAGAUGGGGAUCAUAGGCUCGCCACACAAGAGCGCGCGUCCUUUGCCCACGAUAUAGAGCCUAUACCAUACCGACCGUCUCGAAAAUACGCACGAGUCGAGAGUUCAGCAUCUGCAGUGGUUGGCAGUGAAAGGUCGAUGCUUGACGCGGGCCUUGCUCUUGGUCGCUCGUUCCGCGCAGGGUGGGGGCCCGGUGGCACCUUAGUCCAUCUUGGCCAACUAUGCAGCCCAUACACCCCAGACACGCAAACAGGCAACUCGUCGACCGUGACACUUUCCUAUGUUCCUCUUAUACAACCCGGCCCCAUAAUCAAUCCCAGAAGACCUUUUGAGGAACCCAUAAAACGUCUUGAGAAACUCCUCGAGCAUCACCACAAGCGAUCCUUCAUCCAACCCGACACUAAUGGCAUCCCAUUCGCCGAACCCUCCUCGGAGCUUACUUUCGCAUACUUUUCGUCCAUUUUCUCACCAACAGACCAGUCCUUCGAAGCUCUUUUUUUCCGUCUUGGGCACGUCCUCUUCGACUCUCCCGAUUUACGCCUCAAAGACGAUGUAGACCUCGAAGUUCGAAAGCGCGUGGGUGACAUUCGCCGGAAAGCCGCGCUCUCUGCAUGGCUCGAAGAGGCCGUUGCUCCAUCGGUGGACACGGACGUCAAAGACUCCAUUGCUGGCUCGGCCAAGGCCAUCUUCGGGCUCUUGACGGGCAAUCAGAUCGAGAAGGCGUGUCAGGUUGCGAUGGAUUCUCAUAACGUCAAACUCGCUACGUUGAUCUCACAAGCCGGAGGCGAUUACGAUUUCAUCGGUCAUUUACGCUCACAACUCGAGAUAUGGAAGGACGAACGAGUAGAUGUCCAUAUCGACGAGAAUAUGCGCAAAAUCUACGCUUUACUCGCUGGAUACGUCGACGUCCUGGAGGGUUCGGGUGGGUCUGGGGUCGAACAGUGUAAGGAACUGGAGAUCUCGAGAGGACUUGACUGGAAAAGGGUGUUUGGAUUGCACCUUUGGUUUGGCCAGCCGCUAGAUGCGACCAUUGCGGAGGUGUUCGACUCCUACGAGAAGCACUGGAAGCGAGCGGAGGAGUAUGCUCUACCUGCUGGGUCUGAAGCAUAUGUAGCACCACCGAUUCCGUGGUACUCUGAGACGCCGACCGGCGAGCUGCAGAAACCGUCGUCUGUGUGGCAGUUGCCGGACGAUGCAAACCCUCCAGAUGCCCUGUACUCCCUCAUCCGACUGCAUGCCCAGCCCGAACUUUCACUCUCACAAAUCAUGUCCCCUCUGUCGUUCGGACCUUCACCUGUCGAUUUCUCGCUCCCAUGGCACCUUUAUAUCAUCCUCUCGCAGAGUAUGCGGAAAAGAGAUCUAGCAGACAGGGAUGACCCACGGGCCGGCAGACCGGAGGGAGAGAAUGUAGAUGGGAUGGAGGAAGACGUAGAGGUGGAGGGACAUAGCCCAAGCGCGGAUGUGCUAGCUAGUAGCUAUGCGCUGCAGCUGGAGCAGUUGGAGUUGAUCCAACAGGCUGCCUUCGUCUUGCUGCACAUAGAAGAGUCUGCAGGAAGGGAAAAGGCCAUCAAAGACUUAUUAGCUCGAUCGGCGCCACAGCUCGACAAACACAAUACAAGGGGACUUGUCGAGAGAGUGGAGAUCCCGCUGCCGUGGGUGAAUGAGGCAAAGGCCCUGUACGCGCUUGACAAAGGUGACGUUUGGGAAGCCUAUCAACUCUACCUGCAAGCCGGCUUGUACAGCGCUGCACAUGAUAUAGCCGUGCUCCAGCUCGCGCCAGAGGCGGUUAUUCGUGAUGACUUAGAGUUGCUGGAGUCGAUAUUUGUAGAGUUUACGGGUCGUCCCGUGGAAGGGUGGCAUGUACGGGGAAAAGCAUUCCUCGACUACGUGACCAUUCGGGAGAGGAUGCCUUACCUUCGCGCUGGGCUGCAGGACGCCGCAGUACCUGACGCAGCGCAGGCCACAGAGUUCGAAGAACUCUCGAUGUCGAUCCCCAAACUCAUCGGAAUCCUCCCAGACGUGUUGCGCGAUCGCUCCGAUCCUCGACACAAUGUGGCUCUAUCCGAGAUGAUUUCGAGGCUCACGUUUGAACUCGAUGCUGUCCAGCCGCUCUUACUGUCCCAGUCCCAGAUUCGCCCAAUGUUGGUUGAUGAGGCCUCUAAAUUCAAACAUGUCCAGUCAGUGGCGCAAUCAAGGUUCCUCAAGUUGGUCCAGGGGUCAUAAUGACGUUCACACUACUGUAGAGCAUCCACGAACAUCUGUCCAAAGCUGGUCUUCGUUUCGCUUCUCUUUUGUUUGCUUUCGAACUCGAACUACACUUUUAUGUUUGACAUCUGAUAGCUCCAGGCCUGUAAAUAAAUUAUGAUU